CACUCGUCGGCGUCGCAAACGCUUCGUGCGCGGCCAGCCGAUACAGCGCUUCCUUGCGCACGCGCAUCCCAUCUCCUACGGGAACCGAACUUGUGUAUCUUCUCUUGUGUUCAGUGCUACGGACUUUUUCUGGUAUGCAGCAAUAGUGAUGGCACCGUUUAGCUUAAGAUCGCUGCUGCUAGCAGCCAUCUUAUUAAGUAAUUACGUUGUAUGGACCGCAACAAGACAUCAUCACACACAUAAUUUAUCCCGUCAUCGCAGCAGACACAGGCGGCAGGGUGCGGGGCUGUACCUGUCUGCCUCCUACGUGGUGCCCGGGGGCGAGGGCUCCGGCGCGUGGGGCGAGUGGGGCGAGGUCAGCCCCUGCUCGCGCACCUGCGGCGGCGGCGUUGCCAGCCAGAAGAGAAUAUGCCUAGAAGUUAGUCCUGAAGGUCAGCCACUGUGUACGGGCGGCGACACCAAGUACUUCUCAUGCCAGACGCAGGACUGCCCGGAGACUGCCGACUUCCGCGCACAGCAGUGCGCAGAGUAUGAUGACGUCGCCUUCAGAGGGAUCAAAUAUAAAUGGCUACCAUACACAAAUGCUCCAAACCCAUGCGAACUGAACUGCAUGCCGCGCGGCGAGCGCUUCUACUUCCGACAAAAGAGCAAGGUGGUGGACGGCACCAGAUGCACUGACGAAUCCUUCGACGUCUGCGUCAAUGGCACCUGUCAGCCGGUAGGUUGCGACAUGAUGCUGGGGUCGAUCGCCCAAGAAGACAAGUGCCGUGUGUGCCGAGGAAACGGAACCAACUGCCGCACCAUCUCCGGCCUCAUCGACAGCGCUGACCUUCGGAAAGGUUAUAAUGACAUCUUGUUAAUACCACAAGGAUCAACGAGCAUUUAUAUUUCGGAAGUGCGAGCAUCAAACAAUUACUUAGCGUUAAGAUCGAAGGAAGACAACGUAUAUUACCUGAACGGGGAGUAUCACAUCGACUUCCCUCGCAGUCUGACAAUAGCCGGCGCCACCUGGCAUUAUGAGCGCAGCCAGCAGGGCUUCGCCGCACCAGAUAAGCUGCGCUGUCUCGGACCAACAACCGAACCUUUGUACCUCUCGCUGCUGCUACAAGACGAGAACGUUGGAAUCGAAUAUGAAUACAGUUUGCCCGCCGCACUGGCGCCACCUUCGAACCAGCAAUACAACUGGGUCCAUGGAGAAUUCUCACCCUGCAGCGCCACAUGCGGCGGAGGGACCCAGACGCGACAAGUGACGUGUCGGUCAAGAGAAGAACUGGAAGUGGUAGAGGACAGCCUGUGCGACACCGGCCUCAAGCCCGUCACUGACCAGACCUGCAACACGGACCCUUGCCCACCAGGCUGGGUGGAGGAACCUUGGGGUCCCUGUUCCAAACCCUGUGGGGAGGGUGGUACUAGAUCCAGACAAGUCUACUGUGAGAAGAUCAUCGUUAAUGGGUUGCAGUCAAUAGUAGCAGACAAGGAGUGCUUCGAUCUGCUCGGCCCCAAACCCGAGCUGUAUCAGGAGUGCAACAGGAACGCCACUUGCCCCACCUGGUUCACUGGACCUUGGAAACCGUGCGACAAACUGUGCGACGAAGGCAAGCAGACGCGGCAAGUGGUCUGUCAUCAGAGGAUCAACGGGAAAGUGGAAGUGUUCGAGGACGCGAUGUGCGAGGGGGAGAAACCGGCGACAGAGCAGAGCUGCAUGCUGCGCCCCUGCGAGGGUGUCGACUGGGUCCUCUCUGACUGGUCUGGAUGUGACACGUGUACAUCUUCAGUGCGCACGCGCGUGGCUCACUGCGCCACCAGCAUGCACAAAGUGGUGAACUCUAGCUUCUGUUCCUACCACCCAGCGCCGGUGCUGGAGGAGCCCUGCGACCGCACGAAACUGCCGUCGUGCCAGCUAUUGUGGUACGCCACUCAGUGGAGCAAGUGUUCAGUAGAAUGCGGUAAAGGUAUUCAAAGCCGGCGAGUAUUUUGCGGUCUAUUCGAUGGCGCGUCGGUGAUCAAGGUGGAUGACGACCGCUGCGACAGCAAAAUGCGCUACAACGAUACCAAGCCCUGCGAAGUACCCUCGGAGAAAUGCGAUGCCAAGUGGUACGCCGGACCAUGGUCUAAUUGUACAAAAGAUUGCGGCGGCGGUCAACAGUUCCGCCGCGUGAUGUGCUUGAGCGGUGGUGUCGAAGCGAACACAUGCCCUGAGGACACCAUACUGGAAACAAUGCAGGGUUGCAACACAGACCCUUGCACCAAUGACACCAAAACGUCACCGGCUAAAGCUGUAACUGCUGCUGACGAUUACUACGACUACGAGGAAUGUAUCGAGGAAGACUACCCAGAGGCCGGUGCUGAAGCGAUUGGACCGAGUGGCGUCACGAUAGAAGACGUAAUGUUCAGCGAUGGUCCAGUAACUGAUUAUGAUUCCGGUGACUAUGAAACUCAAUUUACGCUUGAAACAGGAUCUGGUUCAAAAUCUACUGAUGAUUGGACAACCGACGAAACGGGCAGUGGAUCCACUGGCACUGACUUCACUGAUGAAACAACAGUAUUCACAUCAAUCACUGACACGACGGAGUCGACAACAGAUGAGAGUGAAAGUGAACUGACUGGAGAAUUCAUUCCAAUAAGUAGCAAGAAGCCAUUGUAUUCCACUUCGAAAAAAUCUGAAGUCAGUGGCACAAUAACCACCAAAAAACCGCCAUCAACCACUUCAGACAGCUUAGUAAGUGGUAGCACGGAAACCGGAAUUACAGAAGUAUCUACUGAUGGAAGCACUGAAUCAAGUUCAACUUGGGAUAUUUCGGAAUCAAGUGGUGAUGGAAGCACAGAAACAUCAUUUAGCAGCACAGAAAGUAGUACAACAGAGACUACAGAACUCACAGGAUCCAGUGAAGGUGAUUCGUCGAGUGUAAGCGAAACUGAUUUAACGGUGUCAACCGAAAGCACAAUAGCCGAGAGUACAGAGAUGACUGAAACAGGCUUAAGUUCAGCAUCAACCGAACCUACUGAAACAAGUACAACUGCAAGUGGAAGCACGGAAGGAGCAAGCGAAAGUAGUUCCCUAAGUUCAGAGACUGAAAUAACAGACACCACGGAAUUCUCUACAACGGAAGCAACAAAAUCAGAUACAGAUCCGUCUGAAACAGACAGUAGCAUAACGACUGAAAUAGAAACCAAGGCAACUAAAGAUGAAUCCGUUUCUACAGAAUCUAGCACAUCCGACUCCGUGACCACAGACCUCGUAACCACAGGCUCUACUGAAUCUGAACCAACUGAGAUUACGGAUUCCACUAUAACUGAUACAACUUUAACUGAAUCUAGUGAAACCACAGAAUCUGAAUCCAGCGCAUCUAGAGAAUCCGUUUCCAGUGUAUCAACUGAAUCUGCUACCAGUGUAUCUACAGAAUCUGAAUCAGGUGCAACUGCAGAAUCUGAAUCAGGUACAACUACAGAAUCUGGAUCCAGUGCAACAACUGAAUCUGGAUCCAGUGCAACAACAGAAUCUGAAUCCAGUGCAACUCCAGAGUCCGGAUCCAGUGCAACUACAGAAUCUGGGUCCAGUACAACUACAGAAUCUGGAUCCAGUGCAAUUACAGAAUCUGGAUCCACUGCAACAUCCGAAGCUGAAUCUAGUGCAACUACAGAAUCUGGAUCGACUUUAUCUACAGAAUCUGAAUCAAGUACAACUACCGAAUCGGGAUCAAAUGCAACAACUGACCUGGAAACUAGUACAUCUACAGAAUAUGAAAGUAGUUCAACAACAGAAGCUGGAUUAAGAACUGAAGGUGAAUCAAAGGCGAGCACAGAGACUACGGAACGAGAAACAACUACCGCUGGUGCAAGUACAGAGUCCACAGAAGAAACUACGGUAUCUGAAUCAAGCGCGACUACGGAAACAACUAAAGAGGAGAGUACCGAAUCCUCAGAAACAACAGAAAUCUCAAUUGCAAGUACGGAAACUGAAAGUACAGAAUACAGCACCACGGUUAGUUCGGAAACUAGCACCACAGAGGUUUCGGUUAGUUCAUUGUCAACAACAGAAGUAUCGGAAUCUGAAAGAGAAGAAACCUCAGAAGGAACUGACAGCACAACGGAGUCUGGGUCUACUACAGAAGCCAUUGAAGAAACAUCUACGACGAGUGGAUCUACACUUGAAAGUUCCGAAACUUAUACAAGUUCGUCUAUUGAUGGAGCAUCUACAACGGAAAGCUCGAGUACCGAGGAAUCGUCUGGUACAGCUGAGACUGGACUGGAAGGUUUGUCCACCACUGAAAUAUCAACAGAAAGAGAGACGGGCACUGAAAUUGGAACAACUCCAUGGGACUGGAAGACGACUGUUGAAGUAUACACAAAGAAACCAGGCUGCAAGGCGCGGAGGAAAGUCGCUAAGUGUAUUAAGAGCAAAUACGGAUGCUGUCCCGAUAAGAAGACCCCAGCAAAGGGACCAUUCGAAGAAGGUUGCCAGAGUCCGAAGACAUGUAAAGAGACCAAACAUGGUUGUUGCCCUGACGGAGUGUCUCCGGCGACCGGGCCCCGCGGCCAGGGCUGCCCCAUGCCGCCCUGCAGCGAAACGCUCUUCGGUUGUUGCCUCUCCGACAAUGUUACUGCUGCGGAGGACAACGAUCAGCAAGGCUGUCCUCCCCCCAAGCCUGCUUGCGCAGAAUCCAAGUACGGCUGUUGCCCUGAUGACAAGACUGAAUCUAAAGGACCGAGGAAUGAGGGUUGCCCUGAGGAAGAAGAUACUAGCGAGGAAACGGGAUGUUUCGCCAGCGAAUUCGGUUGCUGCGCAGACAACAGCACCGCGGCGACCGGGCCCGAUGGCAAGGGCUGUCCCUGCAACAUCACAGCUUUCGGCUGCUGCCCAGAUGGUGUUUCUCCAGCGCAAGGCACUCAAAUGGAAGGAUGCGUGUUCUCAUGCAAUUCGACGGAGUUUGGGUGCUGCGCAGACGGCGAAACUCCUGCCCACGGUCCGGAGCAGGAGGGCUGCUGCCUGCAGUUCCCCUUCGGCUGCUGCCCCGACAACUACAAGCCCGCCGCCGGGCCUCAUCUUGAGGGAUGCAGCUGUGCAGACGCCCGCUACGGUUGCUGUCCGGACAACGUCACCAUCGCUCGGGGACCCAGCAACGAAGGCUGUGGCUGUCAAUACACAGAGUUCGGAUGCUGUCCGGAUCGUCACACGACCGCUACCGGGCUCGACUUCGAGGGCUGUUCCUGCAACACCUACCAAUUUGGCUGCUGUCCCGACGGCAUCACCAUCUCUACGGGCCCCAACCUGGAGGGCUGCCGUUGUCAGUACACACAGUACGGGUGCUGUGGGGACGAAGUCACCGCUGCUGUGGGCCCUGAUCAGUUGGGUUGCGAUUGCGCCAGUAGCAAGUACGGCUGUUGCCCUGAUGGCCAAACUGAAGCUAAAGGAGAAAAGUUCCUGGGCUGUACUGAUGUACCCGUAAGCAGACAAGAGGCUUGCAGUCUGGCGACCGAGCGCGGUUCGUGCCGCAACUACACGGUGCAAUGGUUCUACGACAUGGAAUACGGUGGCUGCUCGCGCUUCUGGUACGGCGGCUGUGAGGGCAACGGCAACCGCUUCGCCAGCAAGGAGGAGUGCGAGGACGUCUGCGUACAGCCUUCGCCUAAAGACGCGUGCAACCUUCCGAAGGUCAAGGGCGCAUGCUUGGAAUACAAUUUGCGCUGGUACUACGAUAAGGAUCUGCAAAUGUGCGGCCAGUUCGUAUUUGGUGGUUGCCUCGGCAACGCCAACAACUUCGAGAGCCGCGAGCUCUGCCAGGCUCAGUGUCAGCCCGAAAAGAAUGUUGAUGAGUGUGAGCUGCCGAUGGAGGAAGGUCCAUGCGCCGGGAGCUUUGCUCGCUGGUUCUUCGACCAGAAGACGCGUAGCUGCUACCAGUUCGUGUGGGGAGGGUGCGCUGGGAACGGCAACCGCUUUACCUCCGAGGCUGCCUGCAUGCAGCGCUGUAGUCCACCCGGCAAGCCGCAACCGAACUGCGUUGAGCCGCAAGAGACAGGGAAUUGCACGGAGAAGCAUGCCGCCUGGUCCUUCAGUCCGACGGAGAACCGUUGCGUGCCAUUCUAUUACACCGGCUGUGGGGGCAAUGGGAACAGAUUUGAUACAGAGGCCAGUUGUAUGGCCUCCUGUCCCAGUGCCUACGAGCCAGAGAUGUGCGUACUUCCUGCAGAGACAGGAGAAUGCGCGGAUUAUACAGAGAAAUGGUUCUACGAUACGACUAAUAAGGGUUGCCGACAGUUCUACUACGGCGGGUGUGGCGGCAACGAGAACAGGUUCGAUUCAAAGGAACAGUGUGAGAUGCGCUGCUCCGAGAUACCCACCACAACUACCACCGAGCCCACCACGGUCCAGACUACAAGACUCACACCGAUUCGACCGGAGACCACAAGACCCGAGGAGACUACAAGGCCAGUACCGCAAGUACAGGCACCAGAGUCCGGCUCCCAGAGAUCUGAUUUCUGUGCGUUGGAGCUGGACCCAGGCCCGUGCGAGGAGCUGCAGAGCCGCUGGGGCUAUGACGGUUCACUGGGCACCUGCAUCACCUUCAUGUACGGCGGCUGCGGUGGCAACAGGAACAACUUCCCCACGCAGGAGCAUUGCAACUACUUCUGUCCAGAUGAAGGAGUGGAAAACCGUUUCGGUACGUCUUCUGAUGACAUCUGCAGACUGCCGAUGCGCGCCGGGCCGUGCGAUCAGUCACUGAUGCGCUGGUUCUAUGACCCCAGCACCGACUCCUGCAGCCAGUUCACUUACGGAGGCUGCGAGGGCAACGCGAAUAGAUUCGAAAGUUUAGAAGAGUGCGAGAGUCGCUGUAAGACUACAAGACCGGAACCCGUGACCUCUACAACCACCACGACGAGCACCACGACACCGGCUACAACAACUAACACUGUCACGGUGGAAGAGUUGCCGCCAGAAUGUAUAGUGUCCCCGAUUUUGGAGGAGUGUUCGGGCGCGGGCACGGUCUGGUACGCGGACAGCAGCCGGCAGUGCGUGCCGCACGUCAACGCUAAUACUGGCGUCACCUGCCGCCACACAGGCGCCUUUAUCUCGCCUGAGGCUUGCGAGAGGAGCUGCGGUGCUUUCCGGAAUAUUGAUGUAUGCCGGUAUCCGUUGGACGCGGGUCCAUGUCGGUCCUUCGAGCCCAAAUUCUACUUUGACGGUGACAGCAGCAGCUGCCGACAGUUCCUGUACGGCGGUUGCCACGGCGGCCCCAACCGCUUCUCUACCUUCGACGAGUGUGAAGACAUUUGCCAACCUAAGAGCGAUCCGUGCAAGGUGCCGCCUGAGCCGGGCAACUGUUUGUCGUACCUGCCCAUGUGGUACUAUGACGAGGCACGCGAUACCUGCAGCCAGUUCAUCUAUAGCGGUUGCAACGGCAACGGCAACAGAUUCGAUACACGAGAAGACUGCGAGGGUAGAUGCAAAAAACAACCCUCGACCACCCUCGCACCAACAACCGAAGUUAUUACCACCACGACAACAACGACAACAACGACCACAGCCGCUCCCACCACCACACAACGAAUACUGGUGGAGGAGCAGUGCCGUAGUCCGGCGUCCUUGCAGCCGUGCGGGGCCAGCGCGGCCGUGUUCUACUACGACGAGACGCGCGGCGCCUGUAUGCCCGCGGAAUUCGGCAACUGCCGCUAUCCCAACUCCUACCGCAGCGAGGAGGAGUGCGAGAGACGGUGUGGUGUCUUCAGGGCACUGGAUGUGUGCCAGUAUCGCCUCGACCCUGGACCGUGCAACGAGACUGGCAUCAUGAAGGUGUACUGGGACGCGGAGACCGGUCGCUGCCAGCAGUUUGCAUACGGUGGCUGCCAGGGCGGACCCAACCGCUUCUCCAGCGUGGACGAGUGCGAGGAGGUCUGCGGUCCUAGUGGUCCUGCCCCGGCGUGCCUGCAGCCACUGUCGAUGGGCUCCCGAGCCUGCGGCCAGGAGAGCCCGCGCUGGCACUACAGCACCACCUAUGGGGAUUGUCUCUCCUUCAUCUACUUCGGCUGCGAGGGCAAUCAGAACAACUUUGUAUCCUACAAGGAGUGCGCCGACGUCUGCAAGGUCCCACCGACCGCCGAGACGAACGAAGUGCUGCCGGACUGCGAGGCAUACAACGCGGAGUGCGCCGCGCUACGAUGCGCGUACGGCGUACAGCGCACGCGUACUGCCGGCGGUUGCGAGCGCUGCGCCUGCGUGCAAGUCGAGGUCGACUGCGCGCCCCUGCAGCAAGAGUGCCAACGCCUCAAGUGCUACUACGGAAUGCUCAACGAAACCGGUGACGACGGCUGUCUGAGAUGCCGCUGCCUGGAUCACCCAUGCGCGAGCAAAAAGUGUGCGGAGGGCGAGCGCUGUGUGCCCACUGUAUUCCGCGACCCAGUGCUGCAGGACAUCAGCUACGUGGCUAGCUGCAACAUAAUGAACAAGACGGGUAGCUGUCCGGCUGUGGAGGAUAUGCCGGUGUUGGACAGUUCGUGCAGAAUUGAGUGCAACGACGACGCGGAUUGCCGCGGCGAGGCUAAAUGCUGCACCAGCGGCUGCAGCCAGCUUUGCCUCGCGCCCGCUGCGCCCACGCUCCCACCAGCCGCCAAUAUCACAGCCACUAGUGCAGCACCACACACCACCGCAUACCAACCCGAGCUACCGCAAGCCCCGCGCGCCGACACGAGGACGGAGCCUGAGGUGAGCGCGGCAGAGGGUGGCAAGGCCACGCUGCGCUGCCUCUUCCACGGCAACCCACCGCCCAAAAUCACCUGGAGCCGCGGCGAGAUUACGAUCGAUGGCACCUCUGACCGCUACCGGCUGUUGUCGGACGGCGCGCUGGAGAUCGUCUCACUGUACCGCAACGACUCGGGCGUCUACAUCUGCAUAGCUGACAACGGCCUCGGCGUCGCGCGCCAGGAGAUACGGCUGCUGGUCAACGAUCCCGUGGAAGCGCCCGUGGGCAUCGCGGGAGAUAACGACGCCGUCGUGAUGGGAGAACUCAACCGGGUGCUGUUUAUCCGCUGCAUGGCAUACGGUUACCCCAUGCCUUUCAUACAAUGGUUCCGAGGAUUGUCGGGCCCUAUGGUGCCGUACAGCAGCUCCCUCUACGAAGCCCGAGGCAGUGUGCUUCAGAUAAGAAGACUAGAUUACGAUACGCUGGGUGACUACGCGUGUCAAGCGUACAAUGGCGUCGGCAAGCCCGCCUCCUGGUCCGUCGUAGUGAAGGCGUACAGGCCGGAAGGAGAUGAGACCGACAACCCAUACUUGGUGGAUAGACAAGAAAGGGUGCGGAUAACCCCGGGUGAUCCUACCACUGAAGCGACAACUACACCGGUUCCAGAGAUCACAAUACCAGUGUACACCGUGCCAGUAACGACUCGCAUCCUGUCGUCGACGUCUACGGUGGCGACGGGCGCGCAACUGUCACUGAUGUGUGAGGUGGACGGCUACCCUGAGCCAGAGGUUCGCUGGACCAAGGACGGCGUGCCGCUGCUGCCCAGUGACCGCAUCGAUAUCACAGAGUCGCGGCUGACGAUAACGUCGACAAACAUCAACGACAGCGGGCUGUACGGAUGCCACGCUCGCAACCCCUUCAGCUCGCAUUCCUCCACGCUGCAGAUCACCGUAGAAGGUCUGUACAUCCCGCCGACGUGCAAGGACAACCCAUUCUUUGCGAACUGCAACCUCAUCGUGCGCAGCAAAUUCUGUACUCACAAGUACUACUCCAACUUCUGCUGCAAGUCGUGCGUGGAGGCAGGCCUCCUCAACCCCCUAGAUCUGGAUAUAUUGGUUAAGUAGGGGGAUAACUAAGUUACCUUUACUUAGGUUAAGUGUAGAAGGCCAAGGGUCACGACCGAUGCCAAUUACAAAACGAAAACUUGAUAAGAAUCCCCCCCAGGGUAACUAGUGCGUACCAUGCGUACCAAUAUUUGUACAACAAGUGUAGUCUUUUGAAUGUUAUAUUUAUAGUCUUAUUAAUGUAUUUGGUGUUGUAAAAUUCUAUUAUUCAGAUUUCUCUAAAUUAAAUAAUCUACUCUAGUUUGAAAAUAAUAAAUAUAGUUAAGAGACGUCGGUCGUAGAGACCUUUGGAGUUGAAAGGAUCACAAAGUGCCAUAAAAAUCCCGUGCUUUAGGAAUUAAACACGAUGUAUAGUAAAAUUUCCCACAAUAUCUGACAAGAUAACUCUGGGGCAUGUCUACAAUUUAGUUAUGCACUUUUAAGUAAACAAUAAAUACCAAUAGAAUAGAUAGGGACAAUUAAUAAUGUAAAUAAUUAAACCACCAUCGUGAUGGGAACAAAAUACAUAUAAUAAAUUUAUAUGAAGAGCGCUGACCGCACUAGAUCAUUCUAUGCAAGCUAAAAGAUGAUAUAUCACGGCGACUAAAGGUACACGUUCAUUGGCCCGCGCCGAACGUACCGCACGCACGGACUGCGACGGAUUUAAGUUGUGUAUGAUUUAACAUAGUACUGCGUCCAUCAUCAGCAGCGUGCGUUGCGUCCGGCGCGGCCCAAUGGACACGUACCUUAAAACUGCAGUCUGUGUAUGACAAAAGGAAAUUUUAUAUGUACUGUACAUGUCAUAAAAAACAAAGAGUUUGUAGCUGCAGCAAUUUUUUAAAUAAAGGUUUUUUAAAUGGUGGAUUGACUGCAGUUUAUUUAAAACUUUGUAUAGAUUGAUGUCUUCAGAGCUCAUCAUAUAAAACAAGUUUUAGGGACAGAUCUUGAGAGCUCAAAGUAAUAUCCCUCUUUUUUAUUUAAUCAUUUAAGUAACAGAUUAUCAAAAAACAAAACAGACAGGAUUUUUUCGCAAUUUCUUCAAGGUCUGACUUAAAUAUUUAAAGUUUCGUGUUUAAAUCUUUAGUUGCAUAUUCCCUUUGUCUCGUAAAUAAUCUUAUGGCAAUGCCAGAGGGAGUUUUGGUGAAGUUACUCCGUAAAUUAUUUAUUACAUAAGUUCAUAGCGUCGUAUCACUAAGUGUACUUAGAGUCAAUUUCAGUGUUAUUUGUGAGUCAUAAUAAUAUUUUUUAAGUGGAAUUUUAUAUUUGUGACGUGUAAAUAGAUGACAAUAAAGUGCGUAUUAUUGAUAA